GACGGCGCUGGCCCUCCUGAGGCGGUGGAGGGGGCGCGCGCCAAAGCGUUGGAGGCGCGAGCGCGGAGUUGGGCGCGAGGCGUCGUCGCCGCCGUCGUCGGUUUGAGCAGGUUAUUGGAUUAUUGUUUGAAGGUGAAAAUGGGGGAAAUAGAAGGCACUUACAGAGUACUGCAGACUCCAGGUUCUCGUUUGGGAGUCCAGAAAAAUUCUGGAGUGAGUACUUUGGAACCAGGACAAAACCUCUCCUCUGCCAUAGCAUCAGCACCAGCUAAAGCACACGAGAGGUCUCUGCAAAUCAAAAUAAAGCUUUUGGAUAAUACUGUGGAGGUUCUUGAUAUUGAGUCAAAAAGUUAUGGCCAAAAACUGCUGACAGAAGUAUUUAAUCGUUUGAAUUUGGUUGAGUCUGACUACUUUGGAAUUGAGUUCCAGAAUAUGCAGUCAUAUUGGAUUUGGCUUGAGCCCAUGAAACCUACCAUUAAACAAAUACGAAGACCAAAGAAUGCAAUGCUUCGUCUCGCUGUAAAGUUCUUUCCUCCUGAUCCUGGUCAAUUGCAAGAGGAAUAUACCAGGUAUCUAUUUGCAUUGCAAAUCAAGAGGGAUCUAGCAGAGGAACACCUUACCUGCAAUGAUAACACAGCAGCACUUCUCAUAUCUCACCUUCUGCAAUCGGAGAUUGGAGACUUUGAUGAAUCAGGGGACCGAGAACACCUUAAAAAUAAUCAAUAUUUCCCAAACCAAGAUAGAUUGCAAGGAAAAAUACUUGAAUUUCACAGGAAACACAUUGGCCAAACUCCUGCUGAAUCAGAUUUCCAAGUACUUGAAAUAGCUCGGAAGUUAGAGAUGUAUGGCAUUAGGUUUCACCUGGCAUCUGACCGUGAGGGGACAAAGAUUAAUUUGGCUGUUUCACACACGGGUGUCCUGGUAUUCCAGGGUAAUACAAAAAUCAAUACUUUUAACUGGUCCAAAAUAAGAAAGAUAAGCUUCAAGAGAAAACGAUUCCUCAUCAAGCUUCACCCAGAAGUUCAUGGUCCAUAUCAGGACACUUUGGAAUUUCUUUUAGGGAGUAGAGAUGAGUGCAAGAACUUCUGGAAAAUAUGUGUUGAGUAUCACACUUUCUUCAGACUAUUUGAUCAGCCAAAACCAAAGUCAAAAGCAGUCUUCUUCAGCAGAGGGUCAUCUUUCAGAUACAGUGGGCGUACACAGAAACAAUUGGUGGAUUAUGUUAAAGAGAGUGGGUUGAAAAAAAUUCCAUAUGAAAGGAGGCACAGCAAAACCAGAAUGUCUGCUCAUACCUUGAAUCCUGAUGCACCCAAACAAAGCCUCUCGUUUACAGAUGGGUUAAGAACCCCUGGGUCUAACAUAUGCACAUAUUCUUCUUUACACUCGGAUAAUGUAUUAUCUGCAAACAUUGCCAGCUUACCCACUUUCACAGAAAGCAAUGCUUACUUUCUGGAGCCCAGAAUGUUACAUACAAGGAGCUUGCCAGCAGAAGGAAAUAGUGGAUCAUCAGAAGAAACUGGGAAGAAAGUGAUACAGGAGCCUGGAUCACCAGUACUCCAGUCAUUCCAAGGUUCUCAGGUGGCUUCCUUUAAAAUGAAGACUCCAGUGACCUUGAACCCCCCAUUUCAAGUGAAUAUGAAUUCAUCUGGACAAGGGUCAUCUCCUCUUUUGAGUCCUGUCUUGAGUGAUGUUGGCGGUGCAAGAAUAGAAGAAGAGGAUGAAACAAGGCGGAAGAGAUAUCCAGCAGACAAAGCGUAUUUCAUUGCAAAAGAAAUUCUUGCUACUGAACGGACUUAUUUGAAGGACCUAGAAGUACUAACUGUAUGGUUCCGCAGUGCAGUUGUUAAGGAGAAAGCCAUGCCAGAUGGGCUUAUGUCCUUGUUCUUCUCUAAUAUAGACCCUAUCUAUGAGUUUCACAGCGGUUUUCUGAAAGAACUUGAGCAGCGUCUAGUACUUUGGGAGGGACGUUCCAGUGCUUCCACAAAAGGAGAUUAUCAAAGGAUUGGUGAUGUCAUGCUGAAAAACAUGCAUACACUAAAGGAGCUUACCAGCUACCUGCAGAAGCAUGAUGAAGUCUUGACAGAAUUAGAGAAAGCAACUAAGCGUAUUAAGAAACUGGAAAUGGUUUAUAAAGAGUUCGAACUCCAGAAAGUUUGUUAUUUGCCACUCAACACUUUCCUUCUCAAACCCAUCCAGAGGUUAAUGCACUAUAAACUAAUCCUGGGGAGACUUUGCAAACACUACACGCCAGAUCACCGGGACUAUGCAGACUGCCGGAGUGCACUGAAGGAAAUCACAGAAAUAACAUCACGGCUUCAAAACAGCCUGAUCCGCUUAGAAAAUUUCCAGAAGCUGACAGAGUUACAGCAUGACCUCCUUGGCAUUGACAAUCUUGUAGCAGCUGGCAGAGAAUUUAUCCGGGAAGGCUGCUUAUACAAGUUAACAAAAAAGGGUUUACAGCAAAGGAUGUUCUUUCUGUUUUCAGAUAUGUUGUUAUACACAAGCAAAGGGGUCACAGGAACCAAUCAGUUCAAAAUUCAUGGCCAUCUUCCUCUUCAUGGGAUGCUGCUGAUAGUGCUGGAUCCUCCGGUGGAAGAGAGCGAAAAUGAAUGGUCCGUUCCUCAUUGCUUCACAAUCUAUUCUGCUCAGAAGACUAUAGUGGUAGCAGCAAGCACUCGCCUGGAAAUGGGGAAGUGGAUGGAAGAUCUCAACAUGGCCAUUGAAAUGGCAAAGAAAACCACUGACAAAUCAGACAUGGUUCUGGAAAAUUCCCUCUGCAGUCGUUCUAACAGAUCCUCAGAUGAGGUUUCUCUAGAACAGGAGUCCGAAGAGGACAUUCAUUCUUCUCGUAGCUCCCUGGACAGGCAGAGCCACCACCGAGCCAACACUACCAUGCAUGUCUGCUGGUAUCGCAACACCAGCGUCUCCAUGACUGAUCACAGUGUGGCCGUCGAGAACCAGCUGUCAGGAUAUCUACUGAGGAAAUUCAAAAACAGUAACGGAUGGCAGAAAUUAUGGGUGGUUUUCACAAACUUCUGCCUAUUCUUCUACAAAACACACCAGGAUGAUUAUCCCCUGGCGAGUUUGCCACUCCUUGGCUAUGCAGUCAGCAUCCCAGUGGAGGCAGAUGGCAUCCAGAAGGAUUAUGUCUUCAAGCUGCAGUUUAAGUCUCAUGUAUAUUUCUUCAGGGCUGAAAGCAAGUACACCUUUGAAAGGUGGAUGGAAGUGAUAAAGAGAGCCACAAGUUCUCCUGGAAGAUCUAGUCUCCACAUCCCAAAGGAUGAAAAAGAAAAGACCACAAACUGAAAGCAGAGCUGGGCCUCUGUUAAUUGUUCAUUUUCUGUAGCAUGGCAGAAUUGGGGGCAGGAGCCUGAGCCGGAGAGCAAUAUCAAGAGAAACCUCCUGUUACUAUUGUGGCCAAGUUAGUUGCCUCAUGGAAAUUGAUCUUUUUUGCAGUUACCCAAAGAGAAUCUCAAAAACUCAGUUCAUGGAAGAGUUAUGGUUGAUGAAUUUUUAUAUGAUGUAGAACUUUAAAACAAAUAGCAUUUGGCAAUAUUGUCUGGAUGAUUGUAAAGUCUGAUGGCUUUCAAGUGGCUUCCUAGGUUAAUGCUCAACUCUGGCUAAACAAUCUUUGUGCAAUGUGUUGUCGAAGGCUUUCAUGGCCAGAAUCUCUGGGUUGCUGUGAGUUUUCCGGGCUGUAUGGCCAUGUUCCAGAAGCAUUCUCCUGACAUUUCGCAUGCAUCUUAUGGCAGGCAUCCUCGGAGGUUGUGAGGUCUGUUGGAAAUUAGGCAAGGGAGGUUUAUUUAUCUGUGGAAUGUCCAGGGUGGGAGAAAAAACACUUGUCUGUUGGAGGCAAGUGUGAAUGUUGCAAUCAAGGUGAAUAUUGCUAAUCAAUGUGAUUAAUUACAACAUUCACAUUUGCCUGCAACAGGCAAGAGUUCUUUCUUCCACCUUGGACCUUCCACAGAUAUAUACACCUACCUCCCUUGCCUAGUUUCCAAUAUACGAUACCUCUUAACCUCUGAGGAUUCCUGCCGUAGAUGUGGGUGAAACAUUAGGAGAGAAUGUUGUUGGAACAUGGCCAUACAGCCUGGAAAACUAACAGCAGCCCAAUCCUUGUGCAACUUGUUCUGUCAGCCUACCAAGCCAGUCAUGCCUUGCAUGGUGCCAUCAGCAUUUGCAUUAAUAUAAAAAGUUGCAUUUCCUACUUAUUGUAGAAUAAAGUCUCCUGAAAGCAGUUACGUAGCAACUUUCGCCCUUCUUAUUUUCCCAAAGCAGACAAACACACUGUUCUGCAAUUAAUAUGUCUUGUCUAAACCGGUUUUACACCUCUGCAAGGCACAGAUAAAUGAAAUUUCAAGCCAUAUCAAUCUCUCCUGUGACUUAGGGCAGUGGCACCAUGCGUGUUGGCAAACUCUAUACUGAGUUUUGCUUAGUAAAGAUGUAAAACCUUCCAUGGUAUGGAUCAACUGACAAUAAAAAAGACAGCUGCAUGAGCCCAUAAAAAAGAAAUCCGGGCUCUACAUUAGGACAAUAAUUUUAUUAGAAUGAUGUUGCCCUUGGAUAGUACCGGAAAGUAGUUUGCUGGUCUGUUGAUGGAUGGUGAGAAAUCAAAGUUUAUUUUACAUGUUAUGUUAUAACAACAGCGUGGUGAUGGGUAGUGUAUUUUAAAGGAAACAGGCUGGGGUGAAAAAGUAUUUAUAUAUUUAACAUUGCUUUUUGUCAUACGGGAAACUAAGGGAGAAAUGGGAAACGUUCGUACCUAGUCCCUUCAUUAUUCUUAAAAUUGAUAUAAAACAUUGUGUGAGGCUGAAUGAGUCUUCUAGGUAAAACGUUAAGGGUUGGUACCCACACAGACCCUAAAGGGAAGACAGUGUUUUCUGUUCAAUAUCUUCAUUGGUAAGCUGCAAAGUGCUAAAGACUUCUAUUAUAAUGGCCAUUCAGUGUAAGUUAAAUGUAUUUUUUUAUUUAUUAGUGUCUGUUUUUUGAAAUAAAACUAUUGUAGAACUUUA